AUGGGAGGGAGAGCGGCAGAAGAGAGCAGCAGCAGAAGCCGCAAGGUAGUGAACUUAAGCGUCAGAAGAAAACGGCUCAAGACGAAGGAGAAAUGGCUCGUCGUCGUCGGCGUCGCUCUUCACGCCGUGUAUAUGCUCAGCAUCUUCGACAUCUACUUCAAAUCCCCCAUCGUCCACGGCAUGGAUCUCGUCUCCCCUCGCUUCGCCGCCCCGGCCAAACGCCUCGUCUUGCUCGUCGCCGACGGUCUCCGAGCGGACAAGUUUUUCGAGUCCGACGCCGCCGGCAAGUUCAGAGCGCCGUUUCUGAGGAGCGUGAUCAAGGAGCGAGGCCGGUGGGGAGUCUCGCAUGCUCGGCCGCCGACGGAGUCGAGGCCGGGACACGUGGCGAUCAUCGCCGGGUUCUAUGAGGAUCCGAGUGCUGUGACGAAAGGGUGGAAAGCUAACCCUGUUGAAUUUGAUUCGGUGUUUAACCGGAGCCGGCAUACAUUUUCGUAUGGCAGUCCGGAUAUAGUUCCGAUUUUCUGUGCUCAGUUGCCUCAUGCUACUUGGAAUAGUUAUUCUCCUGAUUUUGAAGACUUUGCUACUGAUGCCUCCUUUCUGGACGAGUGGUCGUUUGAUCAGUUUCAGGGCCUAAUGAAUAGGUCCAAAGAAGACCCAAAGUUGAAGGAGUUACUUUUACAGGAUAAUCUUGUAGUCUUUUUGCACCUGCUUGGUUGUGAUUCGAAUGGUCAUGCACAUCGGCCCUUUUCGUCCAUCUAUCUCAAUAAUGUCGCGGUUGUCGACAGUAUAGCUGAAAGGGUUUAUAAUCUUCUUGAAGAUUACUACAGGGACAAUCGUACAGCAUACAUAUUUACUGCUGAUCAUGGAAUGCAUGAUAAAGGUAGCCAUGGAGAUGGACAUCCUACAAACACUGAUACUCCCCUUGUUGUUUGGGGAGCAGGUGUUAAACACCCAAAGCCUAUUUCCAGCAGCAGCCAUGGAGAUGGACAUUCUGAUUGUGGUACUCGUUUUGUUGACGACCAUAUGCAUGACACGCCAACGCCUAAAGAAUGGGGCCUUCAUGGCAUUGAAAGGGUGGAUGUCAAUCAAGCUGAUAUCACACCUCUCAUGUCAACCCUUCUUGGAUUGCCAGGUCCUGUAAACUCAGUUGGAAGUUUACCCCUUGAUUACAUAGACAUGAAUAAGACAGAUGAAGUUGAAGCUGUUCUAGCCAAUACAAAGCAAGUUCUCAACCAGUUUGUUCGGAAAUCACAUACCAAGGAGGCAACCUCAUUAUUUUUCAAGCCUUUUAAACCACUGGCCCAUUAU